CAGAUUGAGUCUCAGGCUCUACCAACUGAGCUGACCAGGCAGCCCCCUGUGAAAUGAAGGCAGACAAUUAAAAUCUGAUGGCGGAAUAAAACAGCGGACUCUCUCGCUCUGCCGGAACUUCACAGUGUGACACCCAGCGGAAGUAAACAAACACAGCACUAGCAUCGUUAGCUGUGUGGAUGUGUGCAGUUAGCGGACAGACGGUGGUGUGGGAGUAUCUCAGCUAAAUAUUCCAGUUGUAACGGAGCAGCGAUGUCUUCGGUUCAGUAUCUGAGAGACUUUGUCACCGAGCGACUAACUGCUGCUGCUGAAGAAAUAUUCGGAGUCUUUGAAAAAACCAUCUUCGAGUACGAGGCAGAGGUCGAUCGUCAGCGCAGACUGCUGGAUAUCGUUUGGAAACCUGAAGUAAAGUUACACAGGAUAGAGCUCCCACAGCAGCAUGUCUGUCAGGAGGAGGAGGUUCUCAGUGACCAGCAGCUCUGUGACCAGGAGAGGAACUCCAGCCUGGACCAAGAGGACCCAGAUCCACCACAGAUUAAAGAGGAGGAGGAGGAAACCUGCAGCGGUCAGGAGGGAGAGCAGCUUGUACUGAAGCAGGAGACUGAUGCCUUUAUGUUGACUCCUGAUUAUGAGGGAAGUGACCACACUGAACCAGAACCAGGCAGAGACCAGCAGCUCCUCUCUCACAGCUCUCCUGUAGAUGAGAGCCAAGAUCAGACAGGAAGCAAACAUGUGGACUCAGGAUUAACUAGAAAUGCAGAGACAAAGACACAGAAGAGACAACACAACAACAGGAGUCACAGCAACAGUGUUUCCAACAAAGAGCUCCCACAGCAGCAUGUCUGUCAGGAGGAGGAGGUUCUCAGUGACCAGCAGCUCUGUGACCAGGAGAGGAACUCCAGCCUGGACCAAGAGGACCCAGAUCCACCACAGAUUAAAGAGGAGGAGGAGGAAACCUGCAGCGGUCAGGAGGGAGAGCAGCUUGUACUGAAGCAGGAGACCGAUGCCUUUAUGUUGACUCCUGAUUAUGAGGGAAGUGACCACACUGAACCAGAACCAGGCAGAGACCAGCAGCUCCUCUCUCACAGCUCUCCUGUAGAUGAGAGCCAAGAUCAGACAGGAAGCAAACAUGUGGACUCAGGAUUAACUAGAAAUGCAGAGACAAAGACACAGAAGACACAACACAAGAACAGGAGUCACAGCAACAGUGUGUACAACAAAGAGCUCCCACAGCAGCAUGUCUGUCAGGAGGAGGAGGUUCUCAGUGACCAGCAGCUCUGUGACCAGGAGAGGAACUCCAGCCUGGACCAAGAGGACCCAGAUCCACCACAGAUUAAAGAGGAGGAGGAGGAAACCUGCAGCGGUCAGGAGGGAGAGCAGCUUGUACUGAAGCAGGAGACCGAUGCCUUUAUGUUGACUCCUGAUUAUGAGGGAAGUGACCACACUGAACCAGAACCAGGCAGAGACCAGCAGCUCCUCUCUCACAGCUCUCCUGUAGAUGAGAGCCAAGAUCAGACAGGAAGCAAACAUGUGGACUCAGGAUUAACUAGAAAUGCAGAGACAAGGACACAGAAGACACAACACAAGAACAGGAGUCACAGCAACAGUGUUUCCAACAAAGAGCUCCCACAGCAGCAUGUCUGUCAGGAGGAGGAGGUUCUCAGUGACCAGCAGCUCUGUGACCAGGAGAGGAACUCCAGCCUGGACCAAGAGGACCCAGAUCCACCACAGAUUAAAGAGGAGGAGGAGGAAACCUGCAGCGGUCAGGAGGGAGAGCAACUUGUACUGAAGCAGGAGACCGAUGCCUUUAUGUUGACUCCUGAUUAUGAGGGAAGUGACCACACUGAACCAGAACCAGGCAGAGACCAGCAGCUCCUCUCUCACAGCUCUCCUGUAGAUGAGAGCCAAGAUCAGACAGGAAGCAAACAUGUGGACUCAGGAUUAACUAGAAAUGCAGAGACAAGGACACAGAAGACACAACACAAGAACAGGAGUCACAGCAACAGUGUUUCCAACAAAGGUGAGAAGUCUUUCAAAUGUGACACUUGUGGAAAAGCGUUUGAGUAUAAAUCGAGUCUGUAUAAACAUCUGAAAAUCCACACAGGAGAGAAACCAUACCGUUGCGAGGUAUGUGACAAAUGUUUCAGAUAUAGAAGUGACUUAAUGGCCCACAUGACAGUCCACACAGGUGAAAAGCCACAUAUUUGUAGCUCCUGUGGGAAAGGUUUCAGGUGUAGAAGUGAAUUGUUGGAUCAUAUGAGAACCCACACAGGUGAGAAGCCAUAUUUGUGCAACAUGUGUGGGAGAAGUCUCACAACCAGAGCGGGAUUGUUGAUCCACAUGAGAACCCACACAGGGGAGAAACCAUAUUUGUGCAACACGUGUGGGAAGAGUCUUUGCACUAGAACAGGCUUGUUGAUCCACACAAGAACUCACACAGGUGAGACCCCAUACCCCUGCAGCACCUGUGGGAAAAGAUUCACUGCCAUGUCAAUAUUGAAAAGGCACAUGAGAACUCACACACGUGAGAAGCCAUAUUCCUGUGAAACAUGUGGGAAGAGUUUUGUGUGUAGUGGUGUUUUGAAAGUCCACAGAAGAACUCACACAGGUGAGAAGCCGUUCCCCUGCAGCACCUGUGGGAAGAGAUUUAGUGACAACUCAGCACUGAAAAAACAUAUGAGCGCCCACAGGAUGAAGGGACAAUUUUGGAGUCAGCAAUGAACCUCACGGCGAUACCCAGGGAACCCACGCAAGCAGAGAGCGUUCAGGUGGAGCAGGCCGCUCCGGCCGAGACAGGAAG